AUGCUCCUUCGCUCAAUUACAUUCCUUCUGGGAAUUGUAUCAUUAGCAUCUUCUAUGAUGCAUGGAGAAAGCUCGCGUAAAACCAUGCGUAGAAACAAUUCAUUGAAGAAACGCUUCAAUAUAUUAGAAGCAGAGGAUUUGGAAGUUAAGAAACGCGCGUUGGUAAUAACUACUAAUCGUGAUUCAAUGUAUUUUAAAAUGAAUAGUGCUUUUGCCUAUGUCUUGAGUGACAUCUUCAAUGUGCACUUUUUAAUUUUAAACACCACAAAUGAGAAUGAAGGUCAAAUUAAAGAAGGAAUUGAUAAAGCAUUUAUUCAAUAUGAUGAAAAAAUACCAAUUAAAAACUCUUUACCAAAUACAUAUAGAAUAGUUAAAAUUUCGGGUAAAUUUGAUGAAAAUUCUGCAUUAAGUGUAUCACAAAACAAAUUUCAUCAUAGGGAAUACAAAGAUAAUUACAAAACAAUUGAAAAUGAGGCAUUUACACCUUUUAAAUUUUUAUUAGAAGAUACAGAAUACAUUAUUUUAAUUGAAAGCUUGAAUAAAGCUGAAUUCAACGUUGCAUUUUUUGAUACGUGGGAGACUGGAGCUCUUUUUAUUUCACUAGUUUUAUCAAUUGAAAAUAUUUUUGGGAUUAACAACACACAUCUGAAUUCUUAUCAAUUUAAAUAUGCUGGGAAAAAAUUUCCAGAAAAUGCCCCAGGUAUUAUUUAUUAA